GGAGGUGCGAGAAGCUUCCGGAAGGAGACACGCGGAACUAACAAACAUUUGGAUUGAAUUUGGCGGCGGCGAGAGUGUCUAAAUCUGUUUUGGCGGUUGAGCAUAAGCUGUUUAGUGACUGGAUCGAGAUGGAAGGGGAUAGUGACGGGAUGUAUGAGGAUAGUAUGGAAAUGGAUAGGACUAGAGGGGAGAGAGGAAAGAAGGGGAGAGGAGGGAGUGAAGGAAAGUCGAGUGCUAAAAGAGUGCAUGAAGACGAUGAAGAGGUUGAUAAGAGGAAAAGGGUUAUGGUGGAUGAAUAUAAGAUAAUUUAUAUAUUUAAAUCAAACCAAGAUAUGAAUGACAUUAGUUUGAUGACACUGGUUAAGGGAUUAAAGAAGGACAUUGGAGAGGUGGAGAUAGCGAAGGUGCUCAGGGACGGACGGCUGUUGAUUGAAUGCAAAAAUGGAGAGCAAAAGAACAAAGCAAUGCGAUUGCAAAAACUGUGCAACAAAAUAAUAAAGGAAAAAAUCGAAGUGGGAGAACGAAAGGGGGCAAGAGGAGAUGUGACAGGAAUCCCAAGAGGAGAAAAUUUAGAUGAUCUGAAAAAAGAAAUAAAAGGAGGAACUGUCACUAUGAUGAAAAGAAUGAUGGCAUUUAGGAACGGUGAAAAGACUGAGAGCGAAUCCGUACUAGUGCAAUCAUGAUUGGGUAUCUAAGCUUCUAUGUUAGAGCUUACUGCCACCCCCAGUGUAACUGUUGCGACUAAUAAUUAUAAUUUGUUUUAUUUCUCUAAAAACAGAAUAAGUUAAGUUCACAAAAGGGAAUUUAAAUCAAAAUGUAUAAAAGUUCAUAAGAAGGCUUUAUUUAAGUUACUAUGGUUAAAAAUUUAAUUUCAUGCCUUUUUGUUGGGUUUGUGGGCAUGUGUUUGUUUUGAAGUGUCUCGAUUGGUCUGUGAACGGAUAUAAGGAAGCUACUUCCGGGUAUGAGGAAAAUCUGUUUGAUGCAAUGAGAAGGGAUAAAGAGAGCGACUGAUGGUUACAAGGACUAAAAAGUGUCACAAGGACUUUCAGCGUUUGGGUCACAAGAGCCAGAAGAUCACAAUUUCCUCCUAAAAGAAGCAUGCAGGCCAACGAGUUUUCAUGGUGAAUUGAAGGGAAAGAAAGCCUUCAAUAAAUCAGUUCAAGAAAGCCAUUGUGUCAGUGCUAUGUGGAGGGAGUUACAGUGAAAACUCGCACUGUUCAACGACCGGUGGACAACGCUGAGACUGUCGGCAACAUUAAAGAACCCGGGCAGCGCAGCGCAGCUGUGACGUCAUCAGCACUGAGCAGAAGAGGCCCCCCCCCUCGCGCGCGCACAGACUCAAAAGGAAGACACAGGUAAUCACAGCGUUUUCAGUAGGCUGUUAAGAAGCCAAUAAGGAACACUGGACACUAAAAGAGUGACUAAAAAGAGACUGAAACGUAUGGAGAUACUGUGGAGUGUGUGGUAAACGUCUGGACUUAUCUGAUCAUUUAAUUUAAGUUAAAAGAACCUUGUCAUGCAAGAGACAUUUAAAAGGGCGUUUUGCUAAAUAAAUGAAAGUAGGCUAUUGGCCAUUUAAUUUAAUAUUGAAGCUUUUCUAUUUUCUUUAAUAUUUUCCAAUUGCCUUUGAAUGCAUAUAUUUGAGUUUUGAAGUGAUAUAAACUGCAUAUUUUUUGUGUUUUGCAAAGUGAUAUUCAAAGAUUUAAUUUAAGAUGUGUAUUUGUUUAAGCUCUAAGGUAUUUACAUUUAAGGUAUCUACAAUUAUUGAUAUUUGCAUUGGACAAGUUCAUCUAAGGGUGAUUUAAAAUGUAUUCUAUUGCUAAUAUUUUCUGUUGAUACAUAUUGGACAAUUUAAAAAAAAUUAAGUGUGUUUAAUUUAACUGAUUAAAAAAAAAUGUCAAAGUCAGGUGAGCCUACAGAACAGGUAAGGGACAGGGACAGGGAAGAUGUCCUCCUGACACCUGUACAGCCUUAUGAGAAUGGUGCUGAAGAGGAAAAGCAGCAAGAGGAAAAUCAAGAGCUGAGGAGAGGUACAAGACUAAGAACUCUAACAGAAAAGGGUAAAGGAAUGCUAAUGAUGAAAAUCAACACACUUCAGUUCAAGUUCAACGCCAGUUAUGGAAGAUGGAGAGCUCAAGUUAAAGCUGCUAAGAUGCCAUUAUCAUCAAAAGAACUUUUGGAUGAGUCAUUGGUUAAUUCCAUUAUUGGUGAAAUCAAACGUCUUUCUACAGAUGUCAUGAGUGCUUAUGAAGAGCUACGCCAAGUUUCAACUCCAGAACAGGAAACGCGACGAAAAGUUGACACAUGUACAAAGACAUCCACUUUCAUUCUCUCUGUAGCUACAAGCCGUCUGGAUAGAAAUAUUCCAGAAGAGGAGCCAGAAUGGGCAGAAGCUGGUUCUAUAUUUAACUCAACUUGUAAAAGCUCUGUCAUGUCUAUUUUGAAAGGCUACACAGAAAGCACCAAAUCUUCUGUGGGUCGCCAAGAAGCUGCCGCUGAAGCUGCUGCAAGCCAAGCUGUUCUAAAAGUGCUACAAGAGCAAGAAAGAGAACAAUUGGAAUUAAAUAUUCUUGAAGAAAAAGCUAGAAAGAAGAUAGCUGAACAAGAAGCAGCAGCCCGAAAGCGUCGCUUACAGCAAGAAGAAGAUGAAGUGAGGCGAAGAAUACAGAGAGAAGAAGAGGAAGCUGAAAUAAAAGCUCAAUUAGAAGAAGAACAUAUAGCUCUACAAAGAACUCUAGAGGAAAAACGGAGAAAGAUAAAGAAAUUGGAGACAGUGAAAAGUCUUAAUGCAGCAAAUGCGAGAAUGCUGAUAUAUGAUCAAAGGAGUGUCAAAGAAGAGCGGAGUGACAAGUUAGGAGAUGAUUUUAAAGAAGAUGACCAAGUAUCUGCACCCUCAAGUCAUCUGUCUACACAUAGGUCUUCCGUAUCAAAAGUUAAGAAAACCUCCAAUGACAGUACGGCAGAGCUCGUUAAGAUGCUAGCAGGUGCUUUAAGUGUCAACAGAAUCCCAAUUCCUGAACCUGCAACAUUCAGUGGGGAUCCAUUGAAAUAUAGUGACUGGAAACUAUCUUUUAAAAUUUUGAUAGACCAGAAGAACAUACAAGAGAAUGAGAAGAUAUACUACCUACGAAGAUACAUAGGUGGUCAAGCCAAGAAAGCCCUUGAUGGUUACUUCCUGCUCGGAACUGAAUCUGCCUAUACUGCUGCAUGGGAGAUUCUGGAGGAGCGAUACGGAAACCCAUUUACAAUUGCAAAAGCAUACAGAGACAAGCUUCAAGCGUGGCCUAAGAUUGGUUCUAAGGAUAGUCUGGAGCUCCGAGAGUUCACAGAUUUUCUCCGCAGUUGUGAGGCUGCCAUGGUUAACAUCAAGGCAUUGGAGAUCCUGAAUGACUGUAAUGAAAACAGGAAGAUCCUUUCUAAGUUACCAGAUUGGCUGAUCGCAGCUUGGAAUCGAAAGGUUAUGGAAAUGGAACAAGAGAAAAAACAAUUUCCCUCUUUCAGUCAUUUUGUCAGAUUUCUAACAUGGGAAGCUAAAGUCGCCUGCAACCCUAUCACUUCAGUGCAGUCACUGAAAUCAAGUGAUACGGACAAGCCAAGGUCUCAAAGACUGCAAAGCUUUGGAGCAAAGACGUUGAACACAAGUUCUAAUGAAAAGACACUAACAAGUUUCAAUGAAAAGACUACAACCUCCAAGGAAAAUAAUUUCAUGACAUGCAUUUUCUGUGAAAGGAACAAUCAUACAUUACAUAAAUGCAGGAAGUUAAUGGAGAAAGCUGUGACGGACAGAGUCAAGUUCAUCCAAGCUGAACGUUUAUGCUUUGGUUGUCUUCAGUCUGGACACCGCUCAAAGAACUGCAGCAAUAGGAGUGUUUGCGACACAUGCGAAAAGAAGCAUCCAACUUGUCUGCAUGAGGAGCGAACCAAAGAUGAGCAAAAGCCACCGCAAGCCAAGCCAAGUACAAGUCAAGAAAAUCCUAAUGAAAUAUUACCUCAAGCACCCCAAAACAAAGAAAGAACCAAAGAAGCUACUUCAUGUACAGUAAUACUUCAAAAAGAUAACAUACAAACGGCUGCAAUAAUCCCAGUCUGGCUUUCAUCCACAACUCAACCAACCCAAGAGGUCCUUGUGUAUGCUCUGUUGGAUUCUCAAAGCGAUACAACUUUUGUUCUGAGUGAAGUAGCAGAUGCAUUGGAAGUGGACAAAGAGCAAGUCAAGCUAAAGCUUUCUACUAUGACCUCAAGAAUUACUGUAGUAAGCUCCCAAAAAGUAACCAACCUGCAAGUAAGAGGCUUUUAUUCAGGUGAGAAGAUUGCCUUACCACCAGUCUACACACGUGAGUUCAUUCCGGCGAACAGAACUCAUAUACCUACAAGUGAAACCGCAAAAGCAUGGUCCCAUCUAAAGCAUCUCCAAGAUGAGAUACCACCUCCGCAAGACUGCGGAGUAGGUUUGCUCAUUGGGUACAAUUGCUCACAAGCCUUACUUCCCAGGGAAGUCGUGUCUGGCAAAGAAAAACAGCCCUACGCCCAGCGUACAGACCUUGGAUGGAGUAUUAUUGGUAACCAGAAUCCCUACGUAGACUACGGCGAUGUCAUCAGAGACAGCCAUCGCAUUGUAGUGAGACAAGUGACACCAGGUUUGAAGCCUAAUGUCAACCUCACGGGACCAAAGUUUCUCUGGCAAACACAACUACCCAAAAGAGAGUGCACGGUGGGAGAAAUCAAGGAAGAUGAUCCUGAAGCUGUCGUGUGUAACACCAAUGCAGAAGAAGAUAGAUCAUUGCUGAAUCGCCUGGAGAAAUUCUCUGAUUGGUCAAGAGUGGUAAGAGCAAUUGCCAGAUUGAAACGAUGUGGAAAAGAACACAAAGGUGUGAAACAAAGAACUAAUGAAAGUACAAGUCUGGAAGAAAGAAAAUAAGCAGAACUUACUAUCAUCAAGCUAGUUCAAGCAGAAGUAUUCUCAGAUGAGAUAAAGAGCUUGGAACUUGAGAAAGCAGUUUUCAAGACUAAAGACAGUAAGCUGUGCAAGUUAAAUCCAUUCCUGGAUAAAGAAGGCAUCUUAAGAGUGGGAGGCCGCUUGAGUCAAGCCGCAUUGCAUCCACACGUAAUGCAUCCGGCAAUACUCCCAAAGAGCAGCCAUAUCACAGCCUUGCUUAUUAAGCACUUCCACGAGAAGGUGCAUCAUCAAGGACGUGGAAUGACGAUGAACGAAAUGCGAGCCAAUGGAUGGUGGGUCCUAGGAUGCAGCAGUGCCGUCUCGUCACACAUUUUCAAAUGUGUCAAGUGUCGAAAGUACAGAAGGAGUACUGAAGAACAGAGAAUGGGUGACUUACCUGAAGAUAGGACAGAGACUACUCCACCUUUCACUUACACCGGCAUAGAUUGCUUCGGUCCGAUCUAUGUUAAAGAUGGAAGGAAGGACAUGAAAAGAUAUGGUCUCUUACUUACGUGUCUAUGCUCAAGAGCCAUACACAUUGAAGUCGUUGAUGAUAUGACAACUGAUGCAUUUAUCAACGCUUUAAGAACAUUCAUUGCCAUAAGAGGAAUUUUCGUCAGCUAAGAUGCGACCAAGGCACCAAUUUUGUUGGUGCAAAGAGAGUUUGCUGAACUUAUGACAGGAAUGGAUCAAGAAAGAGUGAAGGCUCUCGGAUGCGAGUUCCUUAUUAAACCCUCCAGCGGCUAGUCACAUGGGCGGCAUAUGGGAGAGGCAAAUUAGAACAAUAAGAAGUGUUCUUAUGGCUGUUCUCGACCAGUCGGCGCGAAGGCUCGACAGUACCUUACUACGAACAGUCCUGUAUGAGGUCAUGGCCAUCAUUAACAGUAGACCACUUACUGCUGAACACUUAAAUGACCCAUCCGGACCAGAACCUUUAACCCCAAACCAUAUACUCACAAUGAUGUCAACAAUUAUACUGCCCCCACCUGGAGAAUUCGACAGAGAAGAUCUGUACCUUAAGAAGAGGUGGCGUCGAGUCCAGUAUUUGGCCGAUGAGUUUUGGACCCGUUGGAAAAGGGAAUAUCUUUUGAAUCUACAAUCAAGGCAAAAGUGGCACAAGAACAGAAGGAACUUGAAGGUCAAUGACAUCGUCCUUCUGAAAGACGACCUGGCACCACGCAACGAAUGGAAGAUGGCCAGAAUCACCGAUGUCUACCCAGGGUCAGAUGGUAGGGUGAGGAAACUAAAACUGAUGGUUAGUGAAACUACAUUUGAUAAAAAGGGAAAGCUCACAACUAAAACCGGGUUUCUUGACAGACCUGUACAGAAGGUGGUUAUUCUGCUUGAAGCAGAGUGAGUUUAAAUUUCAUGUGUUUGCUUGAGUGCACUUUCAUUGUAAAUGUACAAGAACAGAAGAAGUUUAUUUUGAAGUUAAAAAUGUUUAAAAGAAAUCCCACAUUAAGGUUUGUGUGAUUUGGUGGGAGUGUAACUGUUGCGACUAAUAAUUAUAAUUUGUUUUAUUUCUCUAAAAACAGAAUAAGUUAAGUUCACAAAAGGGAAUUUAAAUAAAAAUGUAUAAAAGUUCAUAAGAAGGCUUUAUUUAAGUUACUAUGGUUAAAAAUUUAAUUUCAUGCCUUUUUGUUGGGUUUGUGGGCAUGUGUUUGUUUUGAAGUGUCUCAAUUGGUCUGUGAACGGAUAUAAGGAAGCUACUUCCGGGUAUGAGGAAAAUCUGUUUGAUGCAAUGAGAAGAGAUAAAGAGAGCGACUGAUGGUUACAAGGACUAAAAAGUGUCACAAGGACUUUCAGCGUUUGGGUCACAAGAGCCAGAAGAUCACAAUUUCCUCCUAAAAGAAGCAUGCAGGCCAACGAGGUAUUUGUCAUUUCUGUUUGUAUUUUACUUCGGUAAAUGUUUGAGCCACAUGCUGUGCAUGUUAUUUUUACGUUUGUAACGUGCUUUAUUUUAUUAACAGUUUUCAUGGUGAAUUGAAGGGAAAGAAAGCCUUCGAUAAAUCAGUUCAAGAAA